AUGAGACAAUUAACAGAAGAAGAAACUAAAGUUGUAUUUGAAAAAUUAGCAGGUUACAUUGGUAGAAAUAUAUCAUUCCUGGUCGAUAAUAAGGAACAUCCACAUGUUUUUAGACUGCAGAAGGACAGGGUCUACUAUGUUCCUGAAAACGUCGCUAAGAUGGCUACUGCUGUAGCUAGACCAAAUUUGAUGUCAGUAGGUAUCUGUUUAGGAAAAUUCACCAAGACUGGUAAGUUUAGAUUGCAUAUCACUUCUCUAUCUAUAUUGGCACAACAUGCCAAAUAUAAGAUCUGGGUUAAACCAAAUGGUGAAAUGCCUUUCUUGUAUGGUAACCAUGUUUUAAAAGCACAUGUUGGUAAGAUGUCAGAUGAUAUUCCUGAACAUGCAGGUGUAAUUAUCUUCUCAAUGAACGAUAAUGCAUUAGGCUUUGGCGUUAGUGCAAAAAGUACUUCGGAAAGUAGAAAUUUGGCUCCUACCGCUAUAGUAGCGUUCAGACAAGCUGAUAUUGGUGAAUACUUAAGAGAUGAAGAUACUUUAUUUACUUGA